AUGCCGUCUCAGUUUAUCCCUGUUCACUCCUUCUUCAUCCUCACGCUGGAGAUGUUCCAUGUCUUUUCCAGAUGUCCUCCUCGUCUCUGCUGCUCCUGCUGGCCUGCCUGUGCUGUGCAGUUUUGUCUGCCACCUCUUGCUGCUGUGAAGAGAAGCCUGAACAACCAGGACUCAACAGUUCAGUCUCACAAGUGUUGUUUCUGUGAUCCAGUUCGCUGCUGCCGGAACGGAUGGACCCAGUUUAAGGGCCGCUGCUUCAUGUACCACCACUCCAAGAAGGACUGGGUUAGCGCAGAGAAACACUGUCAGUCCCUGGGAGGAAACCUGGCUUCCAUCCUCAAAGCAGGGGAGCAUUUCUUUGUGCGAAACAUGAUCCACAGAGUGACCGGCUACUACAACCGGGCCUGGAUCGGAGGACAUGACACCGUGCAGGAGGGGGUCUGGCUGUGGGCUGAUGGGAGCCCAUGCAUCUACAAGCGCUGGGCCAAUAAUGAACCCAACAACUACAAACAUGAGCACUGCAUGGAGAUGAACUGGAAUGGAAACUACUGGAACGACCGCAAAUGCUCCACCAAAAUGUCAUUCGUCUGCUCCAUGGACCUGUGA